CUUUGCGCUGACUCACUUCAACAGAGCUCUGUCUUGACUCGCCCAUAACAUGGAACUACAAUGUCGCAAUCUCCGACUGCAUUGACCACACCACAACCUGCGGGGUCACCGCAAGCAACCUCGCUCACAUUUCCAUACGGAUCUCAACCUGAUGUUAUUCGUGCCAACCAAAAAGAUGUCUACUACCAAAAGUUUCUUCAAGAUCAGUUCUCAAGCGUCUUUCGCUCAUUUUUCGGAACGAGAGUACAUCUGAAGUAUCAGGACAAAGUCAACUUGUUUUCGGACUUGACGUAUUACGGUUUAACAACCGCUGCUGGUUCGCGAACACUUGGGGAAGAAUACUGUGAUAUAAUGCAAGUCCGAUCCUCAACCAUCACACCACCUUCUGCGAUGUCCCGCAAUGCUUUGGUACUCUUCCAUGUGCUGACUCCCUAUAUAUUCACACGCCUCAUCGCUCACAUCAAGGGUCUUUCACGGCGACCAUCAUCUGCCAUGAAUCCAACUCAAGAAAAAGUUAUCCAAUUGCUGUCCACCCAUCUCCCAACACUACAAAAGCUGCGUCCUUUACACCUUGCACUAUUUUACUUUUACGGUGCAUACUAUCACGUAUCGAAACGGAUACUGGGCAUUCGAUACAUUUUCAUGCGGCAACUCCGCAGCGGCGAAAAGCAAAUAAGCUAUGAGGUCCUUGGCAUGCUCAUCGUUGUACAGAUGCUGGUGCAAGGAUAUAUUCAUCAGCGCCAGAGACUGGCAGAUAAAGGGCAGGAUGAACCCGAAGGGGACUACAAUGACGACCAAGAUUUGGCGCAAUCAGUUGCGCUAGGCCUAACCCCAGAGCAGCAAGAAAGGCAAAAAUGUAUGCUGUGUCUAAGCCCAAGACGACAUACGACCGCGACACCAUGUGGUCAUUUGUUUUGCUGGAAUUGCAUUGCCGAGUGGUGCCGAAAUAAGGCAGAAUGUCCGCUAUGUCGGCAAACAGUAAACCUAUCACAUCUUUAUCUUGUUCUUAACUUUUAAGAGGUUGUAAAUAAGACGUGAUCAAUCCAUCCCUCACAUAGAGUCAUUCCCGAGUGGUUUCUCAGUUACGUUAGGGCGCCUGCAAACGGACCGAACAAACUCUCUUAUACGACUUCACACA